CUGUGUAGUUUAUAAUAGUCUAUGACAGAAGAUUUUACCGUUCGAUAUUAUGCGAUUGUGUUAAAAUAAAUGCGAAUAAAUUUGUGAAUUUAUUGUGUAUAAGUAAAGCACAACACAAUGAGCUACCACCGAGGAGGUGGUAAUAAGCCAAAAGGUUUUGGCUUUGCUGGCUUCCAAGUGUCUGGAACAAAAAGGAGUGGCACUAAUAUACCUCCACCACCACCGAAUUCUGCCUUGAGUAAACAAGGCUAUCAUACAAUGAAUGCUAUUACAGAAAAUGCUCUAUCUGCUUGUUGGGGCAUGCCGAAGAAGCGCAGUAAAACCGAGGAAGAGUAUUUUGAGGAUGAUGAUGAACCUCCAACUUCCUCAUUGGAAUAUAUACCUGCACCCGGUUCUCCCACAUAUGACUUAAUGAAAAAAUCGUCAAAGAAGGAUGAGAGUGACAGUGAAGAAGAUCCCUUGGAUGCUUUCAUGGCGGGUAUUGAUGCAGAAGUUAAACGAAACAGUUCUGCAGCUCAAUGCGACGACCAACGUAAAGAAGACAAAUCUAAGGGAUUUCGGGCAGAUAUCGAUGGAGAGGAUGAUGAGGAGAGUUACUACAGAUAUAUGGAAGAAAAUCCAACUGCCGGCUUGCAGCAAGAAGAAUCCGAUCAAGAAAUUGAAUAUGACGAAGAUGGCAACCCCAUCGCUCCACCAAAAAAGAAGGAAAUCGAUCCAUUACCGCCGAUUGAUCACAGCGAAAUAGAAUAUGAGUCAUUUGAGAAAAAUUUUUACAAUGUGCAUGAGGAGAUCGCAAGUUUGGGUAAACAACAGAUCGACGAUUUGAGAAAGACUCUGGGUAUAAAGGUAUCCGGACCGUCUCCGCCGAAUCCGAUUACAAGUUUCGGCCAUUUCGGUUUCGACGACCCGCUCAUAAAGGCUAUCCGUAAGAACGAGUACACACAGCCCACGCCUAUUCAGGCGCAGGCGGUUCCCGCCGCUUUAAGCGGGCGAGAUAUAAUAGGCAUAGCGAAAACCGGUAGCGGCAAAACGGCGGCGUUUAUCUGGCCGAUGUUGGUGCACAUUAUGGAUCAGCGUGAACUGAAAGCUGGAGACGGUCCUAUCGGUCUUAUUCUGGCGCCGACCAGAGAAUUGUCUCAACAGAUUUAUCAAGAAGCGAAAAAAUUCGGGAAAGUUUACAAUAUUCAAGUGUGCUGUUGCUACGGAGGUGGCAGCAAAUGGGAACAGAGCAAAGCGUUGGAAAGCGGCGCGGAAAUCGUAGUCGCCACUCCUGGCAGAAUGAUCGAUCUAGUUAAGAUGAAAGCAACGAAUUUGGCCAGGGUUACGUUUUUGGUUCUGGACGAAGCCGACAGAAUGUUCGACAUGGGAUUUGAACCGCAAGUACGAUCUAUAUGUAAUCACGUGAGGCCUGAUAGGCAAACAUUGCUAUUUAGCGCGACAUUCAAAAAGAAAGUAGAGAAACUUGCUAGAGACGUUCUGACAGAUCCGGUUAGGAUAGUGCAAGGUGACGUCGGCGAGGCUAACACCGACGUGACACAGCACGUUAUCAUGUUCCAUAACAAUCCUAGUGGCAAAUGGACCUGGCUGCUGCAGAACUUGGUCGAAUUUCUAAGCGCUGGCAGUCUUUUGAUCUUUGUCACUAAGAAGCUGAACGCGGAAGAGCUCGCCAACAAUCUCAAACUCAAAGAGUUUGACGUGUUGCUUCUGCACGGUGAUAUGGAUCAGAUUGAGAGGAACAAAGUGAUUACGGCUUUCAAGAAGAAGGAUGUCAGUACCUUAGUCGCCACUGACGUAGCCGCGCGAGGUUUGGACAUUCCGCAUAUCAAGACUGUGGUGAAUUACGAUGUAGCGCGAGAUAUCGAUACACAUACACACAGAAUAGGAAGAACAGGCCGAGCCGGUGAGAAGGGCACAGCGUACACUCUUGUAACGGAAAAAGAUAAGGAGUUUGCUGGACAUUUAGUGAGAAACUUGGAAGGAGCGAAUCAAGAAGUGCCAAAGAGCUUGAUAGAUUUGGCCAUGCAGAGCGCUUGGUUCAGGAAAUCGAGGUUUAAGGGUGGAAAAGGAAAGAGCAUGAAUGUCGGUGGAGCUGGACUUGGUUUCAGAGGCAGACCCGAUACUUCAAAUUCGAGCGGAUCAUCGUCGCAAGCAUCCAAGGAUAUUAGCGAAGUUGUUAAAAAACUAGAAAGACACGGGCCAGGUAGCGAUCGACUUUCCGCUAUGAAAGCCGCUUUCAGAAGUCAAUAUAAUUCCCAGUUCCGAGCAUCAUCGGAUCACACCUGGGAACAAACAAUCACUCCACCUUCCGUGAUAAUGCCGCCUCCACCGACUGUUCCGCCACCAAAGCCCGUGGGCCAGGACAGUGAAGCCUCCAAUUCUUCAGCACCGGAGCGUAAAAGAGUGCGAAAAAGUCGAUGGGAGUGAUUGAGUUAAUGUACCAUUAUCUGUGUAUACUAUAGCAGCUAUUCUAUUAAAACGAUAAUGAACAACUUGUUUUAUAUUACAAUAAAAUUUAAUUUUACGAA